GAGGAGCUUGAGCGUGACAUGGACUCAAUGCUCGAUGAUGGCCCUGUUAAUUCCUCUGCUGAUCCUGGCCGGAACAUCUCCUUCCGAUACCGCCAAAGCAGACGUGCAGUGAAGAGACUGAAAAGGGUUAAAGAAUUGAUCAGCUCAUGCAAUUUCCAAGUGAUGUUAGCCAAUAGGAAGUCUCCAAGUAAAGUUGUUCAGAGAAUGGCAGCAGAAUCUCUGGCAGGUCAAGAAGCAGCCCUGGAGACUCUGAAGAGGCUCAUGGAAUUCAUAAAUGACGACCAUGUCAACAGGAUCGCGGUUUGGGGAAUGGGAGGCGUUGGGAAGACAACACUACUGGCGAACCUGAACAACAUCUAUGAAUGUUCCUUGACUGAAUCCUUCGAUAUAGUCAUCUGGGUAACAGUUUCCAAGGACUCAGACUUGGUUACGAUUCAGUCUCUAAUUGCUGAGAGGCUGAACCUAGAGUUUGAGCCUGGAGAGAGUAUGCAACGAAGGGCUAACAGGAUCUACCAAAGACUGAUGCUGCAAAGGACGUCCCUCCUUAUUUUGGACGACGUCUGGGAGAAAAUUGACUUGAAGGACGUGGGAGUCCCACACGGUGAUGAUCAAGCCAAGUGUAAGAUCGUUCUGACCACUAGAUCCUUCGAUGUGUGUAGGGACAUGAUGACUGAUGAAGCAAUCAAGGUAGAAGUACUGAGGGAAGAAGCAGCUUGGGAUUUGUUCAUGCAAAGUGCCGGUGAUGCUGCCAAGGUAAGUGACAUCGAGCCUAUUGCACAAGAAAUCUGCAAAAGAUGUUGUGGAUUGCCUUUGGCCAUUAAGACGGUGGGGAAGUCUAUGAGAAGCAAGAGAAUGAUCGAGCUGUGGAAGGAUACGCUCCGCCGGUUGAAGCUAGCGGUUCCUAGUGGGGGGAGCAGUAUUGAGAAAGAAGUCUAUUGGUCAAUGAAGCUGAGUUAUGACUUUUUGCCAAGUAAGAUACAUCAAUCCUGCUUCCUAUUUUGCUCUUUGUAUCCAGGAAAUUUCUCUAUUAAAGAGAGCGAGCUGAUACAAUGUUGGAUAGCGGAUGGACUAAUAGACAAACAUCAAACAAUCGAGGAAUCCUUCAACAAUGGGAUUGCUAUGAUUGAAAAUCUGAAGGAUUCUUGCAUGUUAGAGCAGGGAGAUGGGAUUGGAACUGUGAAGAUGCACAAUGUUUGGAGGGACAUUGCUGUUUACAUAUCCUCAGUUGAGAAGGAAAGUGGGUUCUUCCCUCAGUCCAGAAUGUCGAUCUAUGAAUUGCCCGAGAAGUUGCAACAUGCUAGGAGACGAAUAUCGCAAAUGAACAGCAAUAUUCAUGAGCUGCCUCCUCGGGUCCUGGGUUGCUCCAAGCUCACGGUUUUGUUCCUCCAAGGAAAUCCUCUAAAGAAGAUUCCGUAUGGAUUUAUACACAAAAUGAGGGCACUGAGGUACCUAAAUUUGAGCUGCACUUUAAUAUGUUCAUUGCCUCUUUCCCUUUUUCAGCUAAGUGAACUGCACACUCUUAUUUUAAGAGACUGUCGGUAUUUAGAAAAUCUGCCUCCUCUUGGCGCUCUUUGCAAACUCGAAGUGCUAGAUCUCUCUGGCACCCUAUUGAGACAGCUGCCUAUGGAAAUGGACAGACUUGACUGUUUAAGAGUGUUACACUUAGCCGGCACCCGUCACUUAGAAUAUAUCAAAGCCAGAACUUUCUCUGUUUUAUCUAAUCUCGAGGAGUUGGACAUGUCAUUCAGUGCUUAUACCUGGGACAUGGAACAAAAUUUAGGAGGAGAAAGAGCGACGUUAGAUGAGUUGGUUCUGCUGGAGAAUCUUUCCAACCUCCAAAUAAGGCUAGACACUGUCCAAUGUCUUGUCCCAUGUCGUAAUUGGCUGGGAAGACUGAAAAGAUUCAGGAUAUGGAUUAGUCCGAGGAUAUGCGAAUCAAGUUAUUGUCCCAUUCAGCAGGAUGAGAAGAGGGCCAUCCUUAGAGGUGUUGACCUUAUGGUCCUGGAGAGAGGCCUCGAGGUAUUAUUGGACAACGUGAGUGCCCUGGACCUCAUAAAGUGCGGUGGUAUAAGUGAACUGACUGAAACAGUCAGCAAGAUGAGUCUGCGUGGUCUGCAGAACUUGAAAUCACUCAGCAUAACAGGUUGUUCUUGGAUUAAGGUGAUCUUGAGCGGGGAGAAGAUCCAGCACAAUGUCUUGCCGAACUUAGAAAACUUGACAUUGAGUCGUUUAGAGAAAUUGGUGAAAAUUGUCGAUGGAAUGAUACCGAAAGGGUGCCUUGACAAAUUAAAAACCAUAGAGGUGGUUGACUGCCCGAAGCUGAAAAAACUAAUCUCAUACGCUUUUCUGCGCCGGCUCCGUAAUCUCAACAAGAUCAAGAUUGAGGACUGCGAGAGAAUGAAGAGUGUCAUCUUGGGAAAACUGUCGGGUGGAGAACUUCCAAAACUAAGAGUUCUGGAGAUGAGGGAUCUGAAAAGUUUGAGGAUGAUAUCUCCUGGAAUGUCAGAUUGGCCGUCUUUAGAGAGGAUUGAGGUAAGCAACUGUCCCAAGCUGGAUAGGCUUCCUUUCGCAUUCCAAAAUGGGUUUUCAAUCAGAGAAAUAAGGGGAGAUUUGGAGUGGUGGAACAACAUCAAAUGGCCAAGUGAUGACAUUAAGAUCAGCCUUCAGGAGAGGUUCCAGGUGUUCAUUGCUACUCCAUCAACAAGAGGAUAUAGGGAGGUAAAAAGAAUUUCCUUACCUUAGCUUUGUCUGUUUCUGCUUCUAAUCCACUACUACCUUGAUAUGGUGUCUCUCCCACUAUUGUGAUGUUUUUUUUUUUUUUAUAAUUCUGAAAUACCAUUUUCUUUAAAGGCCUGAAGAGGAUGAUGCAGCUGUUGCCAGUUCAUUCAUUCAGAGAGAUUGGAGACAGUUUUGUAAUAGUAAACAUUGGCAUUUCGCUUUGUAAUGUUCUUCAACGAGCUCUAGGCCUAUGAAAAGAAUGCACAAGUGGGUGUGAUAUCGUCUGAAAGUUUUCGUUUCAUCAUAGAGAAUAGUGUUGCUUGUAACCUAUGCUUUUCUUACAGAUUGUAAUCGCACAAGGUUCCGAAUGUUCUUCAAUAAGACCGUCAACCAGAUCAUCUUAUCGUCUCAUGCUGUCAUUCGCUUUUCUAUGCAUGUGUGUC